GAUCUAAACGGAUCAUUAUGUGUAUUAUACAUGUUCUUAUAGUUUACAGUGAUUAAAAAAAUCUAGUAAUAAAACCGUUAGAACUACAUUCCUUUGGAACAGACAGGAGUAACUUUAAUAAGGAACAAUGCCAACUGUGAGAGAGCGAUCCUGCUCAGAAAAAGAGGUUCAAGCCAUUAGAUUUAAUCAUAACGAACAGCAAUGCCUAGAAAAGAAAGUAAAUGGACUGAAACAAGAGGGAGCAUGCUCUAUUCAUCUCAUAAAUCAAACGCACAAGAAUAUCAAAGUUAGCUAUAAAUCUUUAAAGGACAAAGUUUCAAAAAUAAAAACGCAUUUGAAUGUUAAAGAAAUUGAAGAAUUUCGAAAGAUGGAAAACAACGGGAAAAUUGAAAUAUUUAAAUCAAUAUCGAAGCCAGAUUCAGCAAGUCGAAUUUCAACAUACGCUAAAAGAUUGCAAAUUGAAUAUGACGAAAAUCAGUCGGCUUCUGCCGCGAAACAUAGCGAUGAUUUGAUCCACAUCAACCCUUUUAAUGACGAUGAUGUGACACGGAAGGAUCUUCUGUUAAGACAAAUAAGUGAUCUCAACGAUCGUUUUAAUGCUGUACGAGAGAAAGAAAGAGCUUUCGAACAUGGACUGGUUCCUAAUAAAUCAACGAUAAUUACUGUCAAAACUAAUAAGAAAAUAAACAAAGGUGACAGUGAUGACGAAACCGACCAGUGUGACAGACAACAAAGGGCAAAUGUAGGUCAAUCAGAAACUUCUCUUAAAAAUAAAGGCUGUAGAAGGGAAUCAGUGCUAAGACCGAGUACGUCAUUUGCUUUUUCUAGCAAUAAACAUGUACAUGACGUAAUACGACCAGCAACAAGUUUAGGCAAUUGUAAAUCUGAGUUAUUUGAAAAAAAGAAAAACAAAUCGUCGGCCAUCAAACGAUCAAAGAGUGUAAAAGUAGCUCCAUCGAAAGAAUCAGAAUAUACUCAAGAAUUUAAAACUGUUAAGGAAAUCAAAGGUUCAAAAUUCAAAUCUGUCAAGAGAACAAAAAGUUUGAAAAAAGUCACAUCUCUUAAUAGUUCAACGGAGAAAGAAAUAAUACAAGAACUUGACGAGCCACACUUGGCAGUUAAGAGUUUCUGUUCUGAACCUACCUUUAAAACCGAAAAGAACCCAAUUGAUAACCUUAACUCUGAAGAAGUCACUGGUGAUAAGCCUGUAUUAAUCAACGUGGAAGAAUGUUCCAAUAUAUUGCCGGAAGAACAAAAUAAUAUCAAGACUUUAAAAGGAAAAAGACAAACUAAAAGAUCCAGUAGUUUUAAACAUGGAAAUUCAGUCACAGAGCAUCAUGUUUCCAUUUGUAAUAGCCCAGAAAGUCAAGGUAACAAUAAAGCAAAACUAAAAAGGAACCACACUGUGAAAGUAAGACCAACUACAGCUGUAAGCACCGGCUCAGAAAAAAAUUCCUUACAACACAUGAUUUUUAAGAAAGGUUCAAAGGUCAGACCAUCAACAGCCAUUAGUAGUUGUACAGAAAACAGUACACCAAGAAGUGCUGCAAUGUCGGCACUAUCUGGUAGAAGUGAAGCUGUGGCAAACAUAAUAGCUUGCAUGAAUGGGCCACAGCAUGCACCAUUUGAUUGCCAUGCCGCAGCAGAAAGAGUGGAAAAAGAACUAAAUACAAAAAAUAUACUUGAAGAGGGCAGGACCAAAUUUUUGUCACGUGAUUCUGUUGAAAGUAAUCUCGGACAUGAUUUACACCAAGAGUUGAGAAAAGAACUUAUUCAAGAGGAAGAAAAAGAAGCAAUUAAAAUUGAGGAUAAAAUAUGCAGUUUUAUGGACAGAUUGAACGAAAAGUUGAAGUCAGAAAAGCCUACCAAAGAACCGUGGUCGGCACAGACAUCAAUGUUAUCCGUGAACGAUUCGUUGAAACGUCAACCGGAUGUUCCUGAAAUCAAACGUGUAAAUAUGAGAAGACAAAAUAAGUUUUCUGAAGAGGAAGAAAGAAAAAUGAAACAGAAUAUGUACAGACGAUCAUCUACAGCAUGGAAAGAUGUGAACAAAUGUAGAUAUUUAAGGAUCGAAGAAAGUAAAAUAGACUUAUCCGGGAUAAAAACGUUAGCUGCAGAUCAGUUUUCAUUGCUAAACAAUCUGAAAUAUACAGGUUAUGAGGCGGUUGUUUAGCUUGUAACGUGAUUAUGGUUUAAUUAGUGCUAUGUAUCAUUGGUGCAUCAUAUUUAUGGCGUAUAAUAUUUCAUAGAAAAACUAAAUUUUGCUAAAUUAAAUCUGAAUAGUAUUUAGUUCAGCUAACUACAUAAAUAAAUGAAAUUCAGUGAUGUUUUAUUUUUAUUCUACAGUAUUUCAUUUGAAAAGCAUUU